AACAAAAGACCUUGACCUUUUUACCAGCUGCUAAAAGUCCCGUUUAAUUCAUAUUCUUAAUAGCGAAGUUAACAUGCCGAAAUUAGAAUACGACUUUGCUAUGACUUGCGAGGGCUGCUCUAAGGCCGCACAGAGAAACUUGGCUAAAAUAGGAGUGAACGAUGUUGAAGCAGAUUUGGCCAACAAAAAGCUGUACGUGACCACAGAUAUCGAUCAAGAAAAGGUUUUGGAAGCUUUAAAAAAGACCGGAAAGGAAGUUUCCCUUUCCAAAGUUCAUUAA